AGAGAGAGAGAGAGAGAGAGAGAGAGAGAGAGAUGUUGCGCGCGAUUCUCGGGAGGGCAAUAGCGACGGGCCCAAGGUCCGGCGGCCCAUGGAGGCUGACGUCGGCGGGGAGCUACUCGUCGUCCAAGGAUACCAAGUCGACGACAAAGAGGGUCAGGAAGAUCACCAGAACCACAAAAGUCGAGACCGCCUCCUCCGCCAACGCAGACGACGAGUCGUACGACGGCCCCGACGCGGAUUCCUUUGACGACAAAGACCGCGCUCGGCGGCUCCAGGCCGAUGAAUGCGAUCCCUCGCUGGAUGUGGGGCCCAAUGGCCGGCCAUUGUUCACUUCCACUCCGACGCUGGCUCAGCUCACCGCCAUGGACACCUGCUCCUACUUCAAGUUCAAGAAGGAGGAAUUGAACAAGGUGCUGCCGGAGGGUUUGCCGUCGGGGAUGAAGAAGGAGUUCCAGGAUGCAAUGCAGAGCGCCGUGCUUGUUCGCCAGAGCUUUCUCGAUCUCCGGGAUAAUUUCCGGCGAGUUGUGGACCCGCCGUUGGGAUCAGCUAGUAGCAAAGGAUCGAAAGUUAAAAAACAGAUUCUCUUAGAUGGUCCAGUAAGCUGUGGAAAGAGUACGGCUCUUGCGAUGCUAGUUCAAUGGGCUCGUGAGGAAGGUUGGUUGGUUCUGUAUGUUUCCAGAGGCAAGGACUGGACUCAUGGUGGUUUUUUCUAUAAAAACCCACAAACAGGUCUCUGGGAUACACCUGUUCAAGCUGAAAAUAUUCUCCAGGAUUUCCUCAAAUUUAAUGAAUCCCAUUUGAAACAAUUGUGGUGCCAAAUAUCUGAUCCUAUUCAAUUGGGAGAGGGAGCUGGUGUUGGAUGGAUGAAAGAUGGAAUUGAUUCCAUGGCAAUGCCUGAAGGUUCAAGUCUGUAUGACCUGGUUGAUACUGGCAUCAAGAACACUCAUGCAGCUGUUGGAGUGGUAGUUCGUUUGAGGAAGGAGUUAUCUCUAGUGAAGGACAUUCCUGUUCUUAUUGCAAUUGAUCAGUUUAAUAACUGGUUUACGUUCAGUGAGUAUGAAGAGGCAGUCACUGUCCGUUCGACACGACCAAUACAUGCCAAAGAACUCGCUACAGUGAAGGCUUUUAGAUCUAUGAUUCAUGAUGACAUGAUGGUUGGUGCCUUUUCUCAUUCAACAGCAGUAGGAAAACUUCGUCAAGACUUGCCAGAUGUGCCCUCCGAUUGUCGCAUGAACUUUCCUCGUUACACUUUAGAUGAAGCAGCAGCUGUUUGCCAUUACUACCUCAGACGAAGGCUUAUAUGCCGUGAAGCUUUCUCAGAUGAGAAUUGUAAGAGAAUAUACUACUUGUCUAAUGGAAAUGGAGCAGAAAUGAGAUGGCUAGCCACUUUCAUGCGAGAACAGUGACAUGUAGAAGAAAUUCUGUAACACAGUAUCAGAAGAAGACUACAGUUGAAGAGCUGCUUGAUUGCCUCAUUGCCUCUUGAUUUUGAUCUCAUUCAGUCCUAUCGUCACUGUCUGUCCUUGAGUUUAUCCACUAGGAUCAUACCAGAAUCACCUGUUUUUCGUCUUUGAACUUGUAGUUAGAUCCAUUUUCAUAGAGGCCAAGAAGAUAAGUUUCUGAAGACAUUGUACCAUAAGGCAUAACUAGAUCAGGUCACAUUUUUGUAUUUUUCGUUGUGGAAGAAACUCCAACACUGUAUGAAAGGUUUUUUGUGCCAA